AUGAGGCCUUCAGUUACUUCUGCUAUUUCAGAGUUGAAUUCAUUCUUGGAUGAUCCAGAAUUUGCUGAUAUUGUACUGAGAGCAGAGCAAGCAAUUGAAAUUGGAGUUUUUCCAGAAAGAAUCACUCAAGGAUCAAGUGGAAGUUACUUUGUGAAGGAUCCUAAGAGGAAAAUUAUUGGUGUGUUUAAGCCCAAAUCAGAAGAACCUUAUGGACAACUGAAUCCAAAAUGGACCAAGUAUGUUCAUAAAGUCUGCUGCCCUUGCUGCUUCGGCAGAGGCUGCCUGCUUCCUAACCAGGGUUACCUUUCAGAAGCUGGUGCCUCCCUGGUGGAUGAAAAGCUUCACCUGGGCAUUGUCCCUAAAACAAAGGUGGUUUGGCUUGUUAGUGAGACCUUUAACUACAGUGCAAUUGACCGGGCAAAAUCAAGAGGCAAAAAGUAUGCCUUAGAGAAAGUGCCAAAAGUAGGUAGAAAGUUCCAUCGGAUUGGACUCCCUCCUAAGAUUGGUUCCUUUCAGUUAUUUGUUGAAGGUUACAAGGAGGCUGAAUAUUGGCUUAGGAAGUUUGAAGCUGAUCCUUUGCCUGAGAAUAUUAGAAAACAAUUUCAGUCACAAUUUGAAAGAUUAGUUAUUUUGGAUUACAUCAUCAGAAAUACAGACAGGGGAAAUGACAACUGGUUAGUCAGAUAUGAAAAGGAAAAAUGUGGAAAGGAAAUUGAUGGGCAGGAAGCAAAUUGGAUCGAUGAUAAAGAACUGCUUAUUAAAAUAGCUGCAAUUGAUAAUGGCCUCGCAUUUCCUUUUAAGCAUCCUGAUGAAUGGAGGGCAUAUCCAUUUUAUUGGGCUUGGCUUCCUCAAGCCAAAGUUCCUUUUUCUGAAGAAAUAAGAAACUUGAUUCUACCAUAUAUUUCUGACAUGAACUUUGUGCAAGAUUUGUGUGAAGAUCUUUAUGAACUUUUUAAGACUGACAGAGGAUUUGACAAAGCUACAUUUGAAAGCCAAAUGUCUGUGAUGCGGGGCCAGAUCUUAAAUCUUACUCAGGCGUUGCGAGAUGGGAAGAGUCCUGUCCAGCUUGUCCAGAUGCCUUGUGUGAUCGUGGAACGCAGCCAAGGUGGAGGCCAAGGUCGGAUUGUCCACCUGAGCAGCUCCUUCACACAGACUGUCCAUUGCAGGAAGCCAUUUUUUUCCUCCUGGUAGUGGAUGUAAGAGGACAACUGUAGGCAUCAUUGUGAUGUAAAAGCAUCACAGUAAUGUAAACCUGCUGGUAAGACCACCAGUUGCCAGAAACCUCAAAAAAGUCCAAAUCUUUCCAAGGUUAUAUAUUUUUAAUAUAAUCAAGUUUACAGUUUUUGUCCAAAUAUUAAAUUUCUAUUUCAGGGAAGAAGUGACAUGUAAUUGUAUUUUUAUAGAAAAUUUGUAUCAUAUGUUGUUGUUUGUUUGAAAGGUAAUUCCAUGGUUUAUACAUAUGAGCCUGACUGUAAUUAUUCUAGAAUUCCAAGGAGAAAAACAUACCUGUUGACCUUGAAUACUUUUUAAACAUGGAGAAGAACAUUCAUGUGAGCUGGUUGAAUGUGGAAAAUAAGGUGUCCUGCAGGAUGGUGAGAAGAGCCAAACCUUAGCCUUCUAGGAAAACAUAGAAGCCAGUAGCUAAACAGAACAAAGGAAUGCUGCCUUCAUCCUAAUGCUGCUAUUUUAGAACUGGAAUUAGUGUCCUUGACAUAGUUAUAUAGAGGCUUAUUUUGGAUAAAUGAUAGACCAUUUUCUUCUUUUGAAUUUUAGAAUGCUUUUAGUGAAUUCAUUUAGUAUGGAGAAGAAAAAGAUAUUCCCCUUCUUUAAAAACAACAACAGAACAUUCAACAGAGACUUGAGGGGAGUAAUAUAAAUUAAGAUAGCAGAUCUCCAAUAUUUGAGAUUUUGAAAUAUCCUUAAAAUUUCUUUUUCGUGUGACUGUAUCUUCAAUAAGAUCAAGUCAUUGAUUGAUUAGUAUUUCAGAGUGUUGUUCAGUUUAGUACUUCAGUUAGUAUAAACUUCACUGAAAAGUAAACUAUACCACAAAGUAUAUGUUGAGUUUCAUUCUGGGGUUAAUAGGUCAUGAAUUGUUUCAAAAUAAUACUACUUGAAAUUAUAGGUGAUGCUAUAAUUAGACUCAGUUUUAGAUUAUUAUUUCCAAUUAAAGGAGAACCUGACAGCAGUAGCCACCGAAUCAUUUGUAUUUUAUAUUGAAACCUUUUAGUAUAAUUUGAAUAUGAGUUUGCCUCACAUUCUGGGAAUUGGGACUAACACUGUUUAAUACCCAGUGAUUGAAAUGGAUAGGAGCCUGGAAAGAAGAAAAGCUUUGAUCUCUUCUUCAGACUUAGAUCCGCCUAACUGGGCCAUGGGUAGUCUUGGCCUUUUGUGUUUUAAGCUUAGUGUCGAUGAUUCAUUAUUUUAAUGAAUUACUUUUGUAUGAAAGUAUCGGCAGGGUGGGUAAGUUAUGUGUGGGAAUGAGCUGGCAUCUCUUCCUCCUGGGCAGGUGACCCAGGACACUGCCAUCCGGAGGGGAGUCAGGAGUAACUACUUAUACCUCCUCUCACCGUUCAUUAGCUCUAUUUUGAGAUAAUGGACAAUGAUCUGGAAAAUCAAAACUCAAACUACUAUCCUUAGGUAAAUACUAGUAAUUAAACUGUGCCUUUUGAAGAUCUAUUCGAAAAGAUGAGUUGCUAUGAUGUGGGUCUGACUUUCACUUAAAAAAAUUUCAGUAUUUUGAGAAUUACAAUAACUUUUUAUAAUAGAAAACCUAGUAAAUUGCCAUUUUCUAUGCUAAAAUUAAAAUUGUGUGAAAAUAUUUUUAAAUGUCUGACCAUAUUAGAAUGGUACUGUUGAAAUUUUUUAAGUUAAGAUGAUAAGUCAGAGUACAUUAGCUAUGUUUUGUAAAUUUCUAUGAACUUAAUUCUUAUUUAAAUACUGUGGCUUCUUCAAUGAGUAUAUUUAUAUUGUCAAACAUGGUAGACAAAAAGGUAAUAAAAAUCAUUGUUUUGAGGCUAGAUUUUUUCUGCAUAUGUGUACUUAACAUUUAAAAUAUUUGUUUAUUAAGUUUAUAAAUGAUGGCAGACCACGUUUUCUCAUGUCAAUAGAAUAGUUUAACUCUUUGUAAUUCCAAAAGGUAUAUUUAACUAGUACUUUUUCAAUUGGAGACAUUUUAAUUUUAUUUAAUUACAUGCUGCCUUAAACACCCCAAAUUUGCCAGCAAUGGACAUCUUUGGAGAAAUGGAUUUUUAGAUUUGAAAAAGAUUGAUUUACAAUAUGUGUGUGUGUGU